GACAGUCGCUCGGCCAGUUAAGGAGGCGCCUUUUCACCUUUCCUCACAUCAUGGCGUCCCGCUGGGCCCUGAGCUGCUUCCUACUGGCUAGUCUUGGCGUCUGCUUCGCGACUUUCGGACAUGAGCAUGUACACAUCCGGAUUCAUAUACCUGAACAACACCAUACGUCGAAAGAGGUCGUAGUUCACGAGCAACACGAGGACCACGGACAUGGCGGUGGUGGUGGAGGGCAUGGGGGUGGCGGAGGAUACGGUGGCGGCCAUGGAGGAGGUCACGGGGGAGGAUUUGCCGAACAUUUGCACGGAGGAUUCGCUGAUCACCUGAAAGGAGGACAUGGGGGCGGCGGCGGUGGAUUUGGAGGAGGUCACGAUGACCACGGCCAUGGAGGAUACGAUUUAGGCGGCGGUGGUGGACAUGGUGGUGACUUUGGAGGAGGUCACGGUGGAGGAGGUCACGAUUUCGGCGGCGGUCAUGGAGGUGACUUCGGGGGCCUUGGAGGAGGAGGAGGAGACGACUUCGGAGGUGGUCAUGGCGGAGGAGGACACGACUUCGGAGGUGGUCAUGGCGGAGGAGGACACGACUUCGGAGGUGGUCAUGGCGGCGGCGGCGGAGGCAGUUACGACUUAGGUGGCGGCCACGGCAGUGGUGGUCAUGGAGGCGGCUUCGGAGGUGGAUUUGGAGGUGGCUUCGGAGGCGGUCAUGAUGAUCACCACGGCGGUGGCGGUGGAGGCCAUGGAGGUGGUUUUGGCGGCGGCCAUGGAGGUGGUUUUGGCGGCGGUCAUGGAGGAGGUUUUGGCGGCGGUCAUGGAGGUGGUUUUAGCGGUGGCCAUGGAGGUGGUUUUGGCGGUGGCCAUGGAGGUGGUUUUGGCGGUGGCCACGGAGAUUUAGGAGGUGGUCAUGGAGGUGGAUUUGACAGUGGCCACGGAGGUGGCCACGAUAUCGGUGGAGGAUUUGGAGGAGGUUUCGGAGGUGGCCACGACGACCAUCACAGCGGUGGUGGCGGUGGAUUCGGCGGAGGCCAUGGAGACAUUGGAGGUGGAUUCUCAUCUGGUGGACACGACAGCUACAGCGGCGGAGGCGGUGGAUUUUCAUCAGGCGGACAUGACAGCUACAGCUCUGGUGGACUAAGCAGUUUUGGGGGUGGCCACGGAGGUGGAGAUAGCUACAGUAUUGGAGGACACGGCGGCGGCGGAGGCGGAGGAGGACAUGACAGUUUCAGUUCUGGUGGACACGACAGCCAUGGGUCGGGACUAAGCAGUUUUGGAGGAGGUCACGGAGGUGGAGAUAGCUACAAUAUUGGAGGCCAUGGCGGAGGUGGCGGAGGCCAUGAUAGCUAUAGCUCUAGUGUCAGCAGCUACGACACACCAAUCCAUGGAAGUGACAGCUACAGCAUAGGUGGCGGAGGUGGACAUGGAGGAGGACACGGAGGCGGUUUCGGAGGUGGUUUCGGAGGUGGAGAUGGCUACAGCGGUGGAUUCGGCGGAGGACAUAGCGGUAGUAGUCUUGGGGGCGGCCAUGGAGGAGGUCACGGUGGUGGCCACGGAAGCAGUUUCAGCGUAUCUGACUUCGGUGGUGGAUUCGGAGGCGGACAUGGCGGUGGUCACGGAGGCGGCGACAGUUACACUAAUGCCAUAGUCGCUGGCCACGGGGGAGGCCCCUACCACAGAAAGUAAACACUAACGUCACCCAGACGAAGUUAACUAAGUCAAAGUUCUCAGGUCUUCUAACAAAACUGCUUAGGAUACCUAGUUUUAUAUAGAACAAUUGUUUGUAUAAAAUCUGUUGUUGUAAAUAGUCGUGUAGGUUUAAGUUAUUGUUGAAUUUUAUAUAAGUAAA